AUGUUAUGUCUCUUGCCGUUGUCUCUUGCUGCCGCUUUUCCCGUACUACAAACGGCACCUACAUCUCUGCUACCAGCACCUACAUCUCUACUACCAGCACCUACAUCUCUACUACCAGCACCUACAUCUCUACUACCAGCACCUACAUCUCUACUACCAGCCCCGACACUACUUGUUCGUCCGAGUGUUAUAUCAACCGAUUAUCAACAAAUUCCAAGUGAAUCUUGGUCUGAGCAACAUGUUCGCGAUUUUCUUUUUGAUAAGAAAUUAGAUGAGAUGAUUUUAUUAACUAAAGAUAUGAAUGGUGAAG